AACGAUCAAAUUAAGAACAAUGCGUUUACCACUACACAUAAGUGAUGUAGCAUGUUAGAGAAGAUUACACAAAGGCCAAUGUGUCCACAUGUAUGUAUCCCUUUACAGCGAACAGAUUAAUCCGAUUACUUAAUGCGACCCAAGUGCGUGCACGAGAACUGAUAACCUUGAGUUAAACAUCUUGAAAGUUUCCGACACGAUUUCCGUGCAAUUCAGAGCCACUGAGAGGGUAUUUGAGGCAUAUUCACAACUUUAAAGAUGACCCCGUUUCGAGAAAACGACCAAUCUUGAUCAAUAUUUGUACAAUUAAUUUGAAAUCAACAGCUCGGACACAAGAGGUACGCCAUUUGCAAGUUAAUACUGUUAGCAGUGUUUAGUUGCCUGGAUCAACAAAUUAUUGCGAGAUGUUUACUCAAACGGGUCCCCGCGGAGUUUUUCCACAAAGCUUUCGCGCCGCCCCUUCCAAUCUGUCCCAUGUCAUUUGAUGCGUUAACUUCAAACUCUCCUACAACGUAAAAUUUCUUUACAUGACAAGUUCCUAGCGCGCUUGAUCGUCAACCUUUGAUUCGGAUCUUUUGCACUUCUUUUGUUGCAGCGUUUGAAAAUGAAACUCGCGCAGGCCGUAAUUCUCUCGGGGAUUUUGCUCAGCUUUAUUUUGGGUGCGUUGACUUGUUCGCCGCCAAAGGGUUGGUUUCCACUGAACGCUACAGCGCGAGUUGGAAAAGCUGACAUAGUGAUUUAUGGAACCGUACGGGCGAGUCCCAGACGAAAAUCGAAGAACGACCCUAAGGAAUUAUACAGCGCUCUCUUUGAAGUGCACUGUACCCUCAAGGGAGGAAAACUGCCUCAAUUUAUCAAUGUCUCGGGCUUCAGUGGCUUUGCUGGACUGUGUACGCAUUCUACCGCGUACUUAAACAAAACAUACAUUGCAUUCAUUCGUAGAGCUGUUAGCUCAAAGACCAACACAACACGAUUCCUUGUUGACGAACUGGAUAACCUUCAAGAAGCAACAAUCCCUAUCAAAAAAAACAAACGUGUGCUAAAGGACAUUGUGGAAAUGGUCGGAAAGAAUGCAACUUUACCGAUGGGAGCAUCUGAAGACACUUUGCCUGGAUGUCCCAAUUUUUUACCUCCGUGCCACUUUAGAAAAGGCUACAAUAAAGAGAGACUUUUUAUUCGGCAUCCAAGAUCACACAAGCACAAAAAAAGAAGGCGCAAGAAGUGUCAUGAUGUCACCAUUCUGUCUACACAAAUGACUCGCACAACAAAAAAACUGUCCUCCAGAAUGAGUGAUAUGUCAGCAAACGAGCGCACGGAAUCAAGUUUGCUCUCAACGACGGUCAAAAGACACGUGGAAGUAAGAUUUCUGCAACACAGUGACUUCCUAAGUAAUGCAGGCGUACGAACACAAAAUAUUUGUUGGUGUUUCGUGUUGAUUUUUCACGGUUUGGUGUUGGUGAAGUGGCACCAGACUUGAUAUAAUAGCUUUGCUGAGGCAAGGUAAACAAAUUCCGACGCAAAGCGAUGAAAGUGCGUUUGGAUACAUGUUACGUCGAAAGGCCGUGAAUCACGAUCCUUUACCACGCGAUAUUCAUUAGCUCCUCGCACAGAAUCAACUGUUCUAUUAGUAAUCGAGCAGGAAAGAUCACCGAUUUUUAAGUAGGACUCAUUAUUCAGUGCAAACAUGCUACUUCAACUGGAGUGUCAUUUACGACACAAUUACCACGAACACUAUGAAACGGAAAUGUACAAUGUAUAUUAACACGUGUGUUCCUGUUUUACUAAAUUACAACGUCAGGCGCACGUGUAAUCGGCGGUUCCGGCCAGUUUGUCCGUGAACUUGACGUGGGAAAGGAAAAAAAACAUCAUUACAGAGUUAAUUUCACGGGUCUGCAAUUUUAGAGCUUCUCCGGCAUCGUUUCGGAACGAGAGCAGAGCCUUGAAUGUGAACUUUGUUCAUGCAUUUCGUAGACAUAUUUAUUGCGUCAUGAAAGACAGACAGGCUUCAGUUGAAAAUCCGCGUAAUAGAUAUUAGAACAGAACUAGGGUGAAGUAUCACUCAGUGUCAAUAACGUAUUUUAAUUUGACGCAGAAGAGAAAUCGAACUUCGAAGUUACAUUUUAACCGAGGCGGCUGAAAAACAUUUGUGUAAGGCUGAUCGUUUAUUGUUUACAAAUAACCAUGUUUAAAAAUCAUUAAGGAGCCUGUAAAUAAUAAUAAUAGGAGAUAUUCGUUGACAAAGACUGUUUAGUUGAACUUCGACUUCCACUUAAUCUUCAUAAGGCAAAGAACGAUUGCGUGAAACCACGACAAUUAACUUAGUCCGACGAUUCUGUGUUCAUAGGAGAAAAUGCGUGAAACCACCUAAUUUGAAUAGUCUUGGUCUUAAUGUGAUACGAUUAACUAAUAAUUGGAAUCUAAAGCAUCGGAAAUCAGAGGAACAAAAACAAUUUGGACAAGUUAAAGGGGUCUUAAACUAGAAGGCUCCAAAAAACCAUAAGCAGCCUAAGUGAGUGUAAUAAGAUUUACGAGAUAUCUCUCUUUGUUGUGAAUGGCGUCAAAGAAAUCACUACUAAUCUGUUAAUUCCGUUUUUUUAUGAAGAGGGAUUAAUGUCAGUUUGAGGGCAAAUUAUCAGAUUUUGAUUAGUCAUUAUCUCACGGUGGCUUGAUAUUAAAGGCGAAUUUUCAAAGACUCUCCGCAUAAUGGCGGCAACGGACACGCGAGAUGUAAUUAUAAUUAAAGUAGAAUUAACAAGCCACAGCCUAAAUUCCUGCUUUUUGAUUUUGUAUGUAAAUAAACUGCAGAGUUUUGUUAACAGCCUUGGCGGCUCAGACCGGAUAUUGGUAAAAACAGCUCUCGGAAACUUGCAUACCCUUUUUUUCAAUUUUUACUAUUAUUUUUUUUUACUUUCGGAUUGAAGACGUUUAGACUGAUCAUGAACUAAGAUGGAUUUUGUGAUCGAGUACAGUUUUAAUAAAACGGGUGAAAAUACCCA